CCACAGCUUACCUUCAGCAUGCAUCUUCUUAUGCAACGUGCCGUAUGGGGCUAUAGCCCGAACCACCUCUGGCGAAGGCUCAGUUAUACGCCACUGGACAGGUACCACCUCCACGACUCAAGUGAUUAUCGCCUCCGGACUUAGGGCAUUAAAGUGCGUUCUUUGGUCGAAUAGCAUUCAAGCCUAGCAUGCACCGCAACGACUCGGUAACAGACUAUGACAGCCUGAACACUGAUAUGAGAGAGACAAUGAGUUUCCAAUCUGCAUUGGACCUCCGGGUACUGGGCGCCUGUUGCGGAAGCGGGCUGAACCAGCUCAAUUUCGCGCUGGUCCGGUACCGUCAGUCCUCACCUGAUGCUACGUUGCGCCUAGAGCUCGUCCAAAGCGGCUCGGUGCCUACAUCGCCUGCUGUUCGGAACCAUAUCCUUACCCGCCUCCACGAAGCAGAACACGAAUCCUCGCCAGUGGCAUGCCUCAACGCGCUACUCGGUUACCUGUUUUCCAACGGCAUUAGGAGCUUCUGCGAAAAGCACGACAUACCGCUUGCGUCCAUUGACCUGGUCGGCACACACGCGUCAGGUCUAAGACGACCUGGCGUGCCCGAAAGCAACGAUUUGAACACGCAUCCACUAGGAUGGAACGCCAAUGUCAGCGCUGAGACUGGCAUCAAUACCGUCUUUGAUCUCACAGUCGUUGAAGCCGGUCUCGUAAGGCCUCAUAUAUCCCCUAUCGCUUACGUUGACAGACUCUUCUUGAGACACGCGUCUAAAUUUCGCGCAAGUCUGAAUAUUGGCGAGCUUAUAAAUUGCAGCUUCAUCCCUCCUCUAUCGGACGAGAGCGCUCGAGAAACAUGUUGUCGCGACUGCGGACCCGGAAGUCUACUCAUCGACUACGCCAUGAAAUAUUGCACCUCAAACGACCGAAACGAAGACAAUAACGGAACAUUUGCGACGACAGGGAAGCCUCACGAAGGCGUUGUGACACAAUUUCUUGAGACAUACGACUACUCACGCAUCCUGCCUUCGCUCAGCGUAGCCCGGGAAAUGUUCGGCGAUCACGAAGCACAAAGACUCGUCGAUGAGUGUGUCUUCUUGGAACUCUCUGAAGCAGACAUCGUUGCUACUGUUACACGCAUAACGGCUGAGAAUAUUCUGAGGCAGUACCGCAGACUCCUUGCGCUCAGUUUUCCUGCCGGUGAGAACGUCGACGAACUGUUUAUUAGUGGGCCGAGCGCGCGCAACGCGAAUAUCAUAGAUUACCUCGAAGCGGAGCUCCCCGAGAGCGUGAUAACGAAGCCGCUCGAUGAUAUAGGCAUACCGGGUGAUGCAAACGAGGCCGUAUGUUAUGCGCACCUUGCGCUGGAAGCUGUGCUUGGACAACCUGUACGCUUCUCUGCAGAGUUAUCACGGUCUUGGAGCCAGCCGGGUCAUGACAUUGUACUGGGGAGAGUUGUGCGGGGCGAGAAUUGGGAAAACCUCACCACUUGGCUGCAGAAGUUUGCUGGUGGGAAGCCACGAUGCCUCGCCAAAACCGUGAGGAUAGUUGGUAGCGUCGAAUUUGGCAUAGAAGACCUCGGGCUAUGACGACAGGACAAGAAUGUGAUUGUAUAUUGAGGUGGUAAGGGGGUCGGGAAGGUCGGGAAGUGAAGGGAGGCAGUACCGCGCUUAAUUUUGGGGCAGACCCAUCAGGGCAGCUUUGCCUUUUGUUUCGCGGAGUUCUGCCAAAGAAGACUGCUUACGUUAUGGAGAGUUUCGAAGCUCGAGAUACAGCAGGGAAGGUUAGUAAAAAGAGCAAUGCGAGCGCAUUCGCUCUAAGUGUUCAGUC